AUGCCCGUCCUCCCAUCCUUGGAAUCAACAACCUUCGAUACGGACCUGCGCGACCGGCACCUGGUCUACGAUUACGCAGCGCAGGAUGAACACGGAAACCCAGAAAAAUGGCGGUAUGAAAUGUGGUUCUACAACGAAGACCGCAUCAACUAUGCCAUCCACGGCGGGCCGAUGGCGGGACGAGUCAACUUUCAGACGGCGACGUAUCAGUGCAUUCGCCCCGGGGAGCUGUGGCAGUGUAACUGGCUCGAGGAGACGGGGACGAUUUGCUCGCUUGUGUAUGAUAUUGCUAAUAGUCGCGUCACCACUUUGAUUGGGUUCUCCAAAGGGCAUUGGGAGCAGGCGGAGGCGGCGCACGGCGAUAAGCGUAAUCCGCACGAUUUGGAGAGGUGGCGCGGACUGGCAAGGCUAGGGAUUCAGACGGAUCGCAAGUUGCUGAGCGAGCAGGCUGAUAUCAUCUGGGAUUUCCGCGGGCCGGGGGAUCUGAAGCCCAUUGAGAUGGAUUGGCCCACUUUGUAA